GUGGUGGGAGUAGCAGCAAGUAAAAAAAGAUGUCCAAAUUUUGCAACCAAAGUUCAUGGAUGUUUGGUUUUCAUCUCCAAAACACAAACAAUGUAACCAGGUAUCACCCUUUAGUUUCAUUAUCUGGUAUCUUAAAAUCAUCAUCUGUGUGCUGCUUCGCCACUCGAUUAAACUUCAACGAGACUCAUGUAAGACGACUAGAGGUCCAUAGACAAAGAAGAUGCCAACUAGUACCCACAAAAAGUCAAACAAAUGAUCAUAUUACAAGUUCUACUCAUGAAGAUAUUAAUGAAGAUGGUAUCUCUAAAGCAACAUUAGUAUGGAGGGCAAUCAAGUUACCAAUCUAUUCCGUUGCACUAGUUCCCUUAACUGUGGGAAGCGCAGCAGCUUAUCUACAAACAGGUGUGUAUUCAGCCAAGCAAUAUGCUCUGCUUUUGGCUUCAUCGAUCCUUAUAAUCACUUGGCUCAAUUUAAGCAACGAUGUUUAUGAUUUUGAUACAGGAGCAGAUAUAAACAAGAAAGAGUCUGUUGUUAACAUGAUCGGAAGCCGGUCAGGGACUCUUAUGGCUGCAUUAUUAUUGCUUGCUUUAGGGUCCACGGGGCUUGUUUGGGCAGCCAUGGAGGCUGCAAAUAUGAGGUCAAUGUUGCUCCUGGCUUCUGCAAUUACUUGUGGUUACAUAUAUCAGGUACUAAUACACCAUUACACCCAAAACAGAAAUACCCCCCUAUGCAUUUGCUUACUUGUACUGUACACUAACCUGUCACAGUGCCCACCUUUCCGGUUGAGUUACCUGGGUCUGGGAGAACCAUUGUGCUUUGCAGCUUUUGGACCUUUUGCAACCACAGCCUUUUACCUGUUACAAGGUAGUAGUAGCACAAUGGUGAAAAGUCUACCAAUAACUGGCACUAUUUUAUCGGCUUCAGUAUUAGUUGGCAUUACCACAUCGCUUAUUCUUUUCUGCAGUCACUUUCACCAGAUUACAGGCGAUAAAGCGGUAGGGAAACUCUCUCCUCUGGUGAGGAUCGGCGCAAAAACAGGUUCAAAUGUGGUGAAAACGGCAGUGAUUUCCCUCUAUGCACUUCUGUUUCUUCUUGGCAUUUGCAGAGCUCUCCCAGUCACUUCCAUAUUUCUGUGUGCACUUACACUACCCAUGGGCAGGCUUGUAGUCAGCUUUGUUUCCGAUAACCACCAGGAUAAUAUGAAAAUAUUUAUGGCGAAAUAUUUCUGUGUUCGGUUGCAUGCGUUAUUUGGAGCUGCUUUGGCUGCUGGGAUGGUAGUAGCCAGAAUUAUCACAAGAAUCAGUCUACCACAAUCACUUAUUAAUUGAUUAAAAUACCAAAUUCUUCCUACAGUUGUAUGUGUACAAGAUGAGAGAUUCUAGCACGGCUUUAGUCUUAAUAAACAAAAGGUGUUUGACCAUUUAUAGAACCA